AUGAAUUUAGACUAUAGCUCAUAUAGAGAUAUACCAAACCUGGUGGUCCUGCACGCAGGAUACCGUUUGGUAGAUACGGCGGCGCUGUACCGCAACGAGAAGAGCGUGGGAGAGGCCAUCCGGGACUCGGGGAUUCCACGAGAAGAUGUCUGGGUCACAACCAAACUUUGGGACAGCCUGAGACUGAGCAUGUUUGGACAAUGUGGAUACGAGCAGACGUUGAAGGCUUGCGGCCAGAGCGUCCAACAGCUUGGAGACUUGGCAGCUUGGACCUUGGGCUUCUUGGGAACUGGGUACAUUGACCUGUACCUGCAGCUUGGCCGAAGAUUCCGUGAAGUGAAAGGAGGCCAUGUAGACUUUUGUAAUUUCAGGAUCCAUUCUCCAAAUACUGGGAAGCUGGUGGAAACCUGGGAUGCAAUGAUAGAGCUCCAGCGACGCGGCCUGGUGAAGUCCAUCGGCGUGUCGCGCCUCCACCGCAUCCCGAUGGUUGGUGUUCCAACAGUAUCUCCUAUGCUGAGAGAUGCUGAGCACUGGAGGAACUUCGGGGUACCGCACCUAGAAGCACUACGGGAUUCUGGGCGACAGAUGCCCGUAGUGAAUCAGAUUGUCACCGGGCUGCAGCGUUUCAGGUUUUGUGCUGCCCACGGCAUCAAGAUUACGGCCUAUGGAUCAAUUUUCUCUGGGCAGCAGGAGCAGUUGGCAAGGAAGGAGGUUGCAAGCGUGCUGGCGGCCCAUCCUAGCAAGACGGCAGCUCAAGUGCUGCUGCGGUGGGGCCUGCAGAUGGACUUCCAAGUAAUACCAAAGAGUGUUCGUCAAGAGCGUCUGCAGGAGAACAUGAACCUAAUGGACUUUGAGCUGACGCCUUCGGAGAUGGAAGUGCUCAGCGCAAUGCGUGGCGCGCUACACGAGUAUUGGAACCCGCUGAAGAGCAAAGUGGACCUUGGGCGAACCGACCGUGGACAGGCUUGA